AUGAAGACAUCUCCCAAGUCAAUAUGGCAUUACUCAGCCUCUCUGCUCUUGCUGGCCGAAUUCCGCUCGGUUUCGGCCGCAGCGAUACCGGAAUUCGUCUUUAACCCUCGUGCUGGCGACACUGGCGCCGUUGCAAGUGAGUCGGUUGAGUGCAGUAGGAUUGGCCGUGAUCUACUUGCGCAAGGUGGAAACGCCGUAGACGCGCUGGUCGGUACGACGUUCUGCGUUGGAACGGUGGGCAUGUACCACUCCGGCAUCGGUGGCGGCGGCUUCGUCGUCAUCAGAGACGGUGAUGGGAAUUACGAGUCUGUGGACUUUAGAGAGGCUGCGCCGGCUGCUGCGUUCCAGGAUAUGUACCAAGGCAACAUCGCGGGUAGUGUCUACGGCGGCCUUGCCGUUGGCGUGCCGAGCGAGGUUCGUGGGUUGGAAUACAUCCACAAGAAGUACGGUACCUUGCCCUGGAAGAGCGUCGUCACCCCGGCUGCGAGGUUGGCGACUACGGGUUUCAGAGUGUCUUCGGACUUGGUACGGUACAUGGACGCCGCUAUCAAAGGGCAGUGGAACUUUCUCGUUGAAGAUCCAGUAUGGGCUGAGGAGUUUGCUCCCAACGGCACACUCCUCCAACUUGGUGAUACCAUCUACCGCAAACGUUACGGAGCCACCCUCGCCAAGAUCGCAGUAGAAGGCCCAGAAGCCUUCUACUCCGGCCCCAUAGCAGAGUCCAUGAUCGCCACAGUCCGCGCCACAAACGGCACUCUCACCCUAGAAGACCUCGCCUCCUACAAGGUCGUCACCCGCCCCUCCCUCUCCAUAACCUACCGCGGCCACCGCCUCACAUCUGUCGGCUCUCCGGCCAGUGGCGCCGUCUGCCUAAACACCCUUAAGAUCAUGGAGCAGUUCGACCCGGCCGAGUCCGCCGACACCAAGCUCGGCGUUCAUCGCUUCGACGAGGCCAUGCGCUUCGCCUAUGGCGCUCGUUCCCUGCUCGGCGACCCGGACUUCGUGGAAGGCAUCGGGCCGUUUGAGGAUACCCUCAUCGACGAGGCCACGGCCAAGGAUAUCCGCGGUAAGAUCCUGGAUAACCAGACGCAACCGGUUGAGCGGUAUGAUCCGCAGGGCGUAUACUCGAGCGAAGGGUUCGGGACGUCGCAUAUCGUCACAGCGGACAAGUCCGGCAUGGCCACCUCCCUAACCACGACCGUCAACCUCCUCUUUGGCGCUCAAAUCAUGGACCCAUUAUCCGGCGUAAUCCUCAACAACGAAAUGAACGACUUCUCAAUCCCAGGCGUCCGCAACGCCUUCGGCUUCGAACCCUCCCCCGCAAACUUCGUCCGCGCCAACAAGCGGCCCCUCUCCUCCAUCACCCCCGUCAUCGUAGAACACCCAGACGGCUCCCUCUACGUCACCGUCGGCGCGGCAGGCGGCUCCCGCAUCAUCAGCUCCACGGCCCAAGUCACCUGGCACGUCCUCGAGCACGGCCAGACCAUGAAGCAGGCCCUCCGCGAGCCCCGCCUGCACGACCAGCUCAUGCCCAAUACCGUCACGUUCGAGUACGCCUUUGACAAUGACACCGUCGCCAGCAUGCUCGAAAAGGGCCACGACGUGACGUGGGUGCCCGAGGGCCGCAGCGCCGUGCAGGGCAUCAUCUUUGAAGACGGCGUAUUCGAGGCCGCGAGCGAGCCGCGGCAGAAGAAUAGUGGUGCAUUUGUGGUGUAG